GCUCCCUAUUUCGACUGGAGGGUGAGGCUGUGUCGAUCGCUUUUCUUGACUCUCUUGGUGAGAUCUGCGUCCCACCAGCGACUAAGUGGGAUCUCGGCAGUAGUGCGGUCCCCCGCCUGACCCUUGUGCCGCAGGAGGAGGAGAAGGGUGCAGUGGAUGAUACUGACGGGACCUCCUCG